UGGGGCGGCCGGCUUCGGGCCGUCCGCACUAAAGAGCCGGGCCUGACGGGAAGGAAAAGACGUUCCGUCCUCUCUCCCCGAAGACCCGCAUGGCGGCCACCUCCUCGGCCAUGGCCCCGGCUUUGACCGAAGCCACCGCAGCUUCUGCGGCGGUCGGGCCCCACACCCGCGACUUGCUGUGGAGGCCGGAGGCAGGAGGCCGCCGCCGAGAUCUUGGGCCCGAGCAGCAGCCGUCCCUAGAGGGGGAGGCGGCAGCGCUGCGAGACCGGCAGGCAGCGCUGUGGGACCGGGCGCGGAGGCUGUGCCAUCGGCUGCAGGUGGUUCGGGCUCGGCAGGUGGAGCGGCAUGUCCAACAACAGCUGGCUGGCCUUUGGCGGCAUCUGGCUCCCGGGGCCGAGUCACCCUCGCCGCCGGCGCCGGCGCCUCCGCCCGCCGCCAGGGCUGCGGAGCUCCGGCGUCUGGUGGGCAGCGCCACCGCCCUACUUCGAGCAGUGCAGCGGGACUGCGACUCGGACGCGACAGACACGGGCAGCGGUAGCAGUUGCUGCAGCAGCGGGAGCAGCAACGUAGGCAGCGGAAGCAGCAGCAGCAGCAGCAGCAGCAGCAGCAGCUGUUCCUCCGGCGGAGAGGAAGAGGAGGAGGAAACGGAGCUUCUGAGCCAGGCAGGCCCGAGGCAGCCUCCGCGUUCGCCGCCGCCCGCACCCGCUGGGUAUCGUAAAGCAGAGUGGCAGUGGGCACUGGAAAGGGCAGCAAUUAUAUGUAGAUGGACAUGGCUUCAGGCUCAAGUUUCUGACUUGGAAUAUCGAAUAAGACAACAGACAGACAUCUACAAGCAGCUGAGGGCCAAUAAGGGGCCAGACUACUUGGAAACCCAACCAUGGUUGAGGUUUGCUGAGGCUUCAUUAUACAAGAGUCUCAGAAAACUCUGGCCUGGACUAACAGGUCCAGUUGUUCUUGGUGAAGCCCAACAGCCUGAAGAUGUGAUAAAACAGCAGGGCAGAAUGACUGAUUCCUUAAAGGUGGAAAAUUCCAAGGGGAGUUGGAGACUUGAUUCUGCUCCAUGUAGUCAUUCUCUUGACCUUCAUAAUGUGGAUAAACAGAGUUCUCAACUUAUGCAAUCUUUGGGAAGUACUAUCUACCCAACUCCAUCCUUUCACCCUGUCAAUGGGACUUCUAGCCUUCCAAAAGACCACACAGCAACACGCCACAUCAAUGGAGUGAUAAACUGUUCACGGCCAAAUUCCUUGGAUAACAACUGUCCUACUGAAGAGACAUUCAAUAAACGGAAACGAUUGGAUUCUCCAGCCACUUCCUUCUCUCCAUAUGAUAGCAGUUGUAUUGCUGCCCGAAUUCGCCCCUUGUGCAGAUACAGGAAGCGCAAGCUGCUCCGGACCAACACAGUCUCAUACCUCAGUAGAAAGCCACAGAAACCCCUUACCAUGAAGUGUAGCUGUGAAUGGCCUCAUACUUGUAUUCUGUGUGAAUGUAAGACAUCUAUCAAGCCUAUAGAUGUUGAUACUAUGACAUUAAAGGAACGAAUUGCAGUGUUGGAUUCUGGCUUCCAUCCUAUUCUCUCACUGUCUCAUGGUAGCCCUCUUCACUUGCACUUUGAAGCCCUUCUGAAAGAGGACCGACUAACCUAUGAGGCUCUGAAAAUGUCCCCGCUUAUAAAAGGUUCACAAGUUCUGACAGCUACAUACCCAGCGCUUACACCAUCUCUCAACCCAAUCAAUUCACCUCUUAAAGAAGGAAGGCACCUUAAAGGAUCAGUCUCCAGCCCUAGCAUGUUUGCCUCCAACCCCCAGGCACUGAAACCCAGUUCUUUGGAACACAGUCUGUCACCUUAUAUUGUUGCUAGUUCUGCAGUACCAUCAGCCAGCCAGCCCUCAACCAGUUCUGCCUUGCAAACCUUAAAGAAGAAGCGAUCAGAAAACUCCUAUGAUAUCGAUAACAUUGUGAUUCCUAUGUCCAUGGCAACAGCUGCUCGAGUUGAGAAAUUGCAGUAUAAAGAGAUCCUGACUCCAAGCUGGCGUUUGGUUGAAUCAAAAGAACAAGAGACAUUAAAUCAGAUGGAUUCAGAGUUAGAAGACACAUCUGAUGAUGCUUAUCGGAACCGUCAUACCAAGUAUGAGGAGCUUGAGAGGGCACGCUGGGAUUCCUGGACAGCAGCAGCUAUUUCCCAUCGACGAGGAAAUAGCAGAUCCUCCAAUAAAGGUGAAGGCCGAGCAACUCAGUCUGUCCCUGCUACGAGCCUAGCAAUAUCCCAGCCAGUAUCUCCAGAUACAGCAUAUCAUAAUUUUAAUGAUCUGGCUCAUGCUUCCACUGGAACCUCUAGCCCCGAACCUUGCAGCUUGUUGCAGUCUCUUUCCAUCAAGGACAGAACUCCAGUGCCGUCUUCUUGUAGUGAAGACACCUGUUCUACUACCACUGAUGUUGGUGAUGAUGCAGCACAGAUAAUCCAACCCUGGGAGCGCCGUACAUUUCCUCUUUCAGAUACAUCUUGUCAAGCUCUCUUGGAUCAACCUCAUAAGCUACUGCCUCCUGUUCCAAAGCAAUGGUGUUCAAGUAGAAAGCCCAAUCCCAGAACUCAGAACAGCCCCUCGGAAUCUGGCCCCAUUCCCAGCAGUUUGCCUGAAGGGCACUUCCAAGCCAACAGCAGCAGCUGCAUAGAGGAGUUCACAAACCAUGAAUGUUUCUCAGCUAGGCUUCUGAAGAACAGAUGAUGCCUUGGGUUCCCAUGACAGGUGCUGUGUCACAUGCAGGCUCAUCUACUUGUGUUCAGUAUCCAGAGCUUGGCAGGUGAGCUAACCUAGCAGAAGGGACCACCCCAGGAGUGGUCACUGCUGCCCAGAAGACCAGUCAUAGGUGGACUUGGGCUUCCUACUAUCACAGGUAGGCGGGCUCCAGGAUAGGGAAAGUAUGGAGGCACUUCUAUGAGCCUUUGAAGUGCAAGGAAGGACCUGUGUAGUUUGGGAGAAACUCAUCCACUUAAAGAGUCUGAAGAGAAGGAAAGAAGGUCUGGCUGGCUUUGAAGACCAGCAAGUUUGGAGCUGUGAGGGCUGUGGCCCAUUUUUAAAAUGGGAAGAAAUUGGAAGAACCCCAUUGGAAAGAGUAGAUAUGCCUUUUAGUAGAUUUCUGAUUCUUGGGCAUCUCAGGGUUGGCGAGUAUGCCCAAGAACACUCAGACAGCUCUCAGGGCAUUUAGUCUGUGCUCGUGCACAUAAAAGAUAUAGAGCCACUUUGCAGGGAUAGACAAAGGCCUUCCAGUUUUCUGGGUCUUAUAUGCAUUCCUAAGAAACUGGUUACAAUGCAGAUACAGACAUAUGUAGUAGAAUGUGAAUGGCCGUUCCAUUCCCUAGAUUGAACUUGUCUCUUUGUUGUCUAGCAGAAACAUGACUUCAUGGCGCCUUAGAACAGAUGAUGGUCAGGGUUUUCAAUGCACAUGCAUUGGGUUUUUUAAAGUUAUUUAGACACCUAAUUCCAAAUCUCUUCUAAGUUCCAUUGUUUCCAAUUUCUUGUAAUAACUUCCCCCAAUCACAUGACAAUUUGGAUGACUGGGGUUUCAUAGCCACAGUCUCUUUGAGCCGUCCUUUUUGGAACAAAGGGCUUCAUUGGUAUUGAGGAUACAAGUUUAAGUUGGGAAGACCUGUGGUAUAAAGCAAUUUGCAGAUUUCUUGCUAGAUGCUAGAAUUAAUAUACUUUCUUCAAAUCCCUGCAGGGAAGUAGAAUGGUUAUUUAGCCUCUGAGGAGUAUCUUCACAGCACAUAGUUGUUACAGCUAUCCAGAUGAGCUCUUGCUGGGGCAAGGGACGCUGAUGAGGAUGAGGAUGACGAUGAAGGAGGAGGAGGAGGAAGACUACUCCUCUAUAUGAAGAGAACUUUUACCUUUCCAAAGAUAUCAGGGAUAGGCUUCUCCUUUCUAAGCCCUGUGAUUUGAUCUGUGAUUCCUUAAUCAUAUGGCUUAGGUCUGCCCAAAGGCAGUGGCAUCUGUUAAACCUCUCAAAGUCCUUUAGUGUCCUCUCUAUCCAUAGCAUAUCUAAAAGGGACCAGUACCUUUCUGAUUUCACAUUACUUCCAGUUCCUAUGGGACUUUUUGGAAAUUAAUGAAAUUAAAAACACUAAUUAGGUAAUCGACCUCCUAUUCAUGCCUAGACCCCCUUAGUGAUUUAUACCUACUGAGUUUCAGAUACUUCUGUAUUAUUUGGAAAGAUCUGCCAUGUCAAUCAUAUUUUCAAUAUGUGAGGCCCACCUAAGAGAUGUGUUCUAAGAAAGCCAUGAUUCUUCAGUAAGAGUGCUAGAAUAUUUAUCGACAGAUAUAGGUGUUUCUUUUGCCCUGUAACUUAGAGAUCUGUCUCUCCUUGUAAUAGGAAUGGUUUCCCAUCACCUACUUUUCAACACUACUAAACUAUCCAUUUUUCUUUCCAUAUUUCCAAGCACUUAAGCUAUAAGUUCCCUAGGUGAACCCUAAUAGUAGUUGUUAAAUGGGAAAAUGUCUUGAAUUCCCAUAAGACAAAAUCAACAUUUUAUUAGUCUUAGCAUGGCACAACAGCUCUGGUUCUGCAAAUCUCUGGCCAUUUUUAGACUAUUUUUAAUCAUAACAUUCAUGAAAUCUGUCUAGCUACCAUAAUUAUUUCAACCAGUUGACUGGUAUUUAAUAUUACAUUUCAGUCUUUUCACUCUUACCCUCCUGUAAACAUUUAUUACUUUUGUUGUAACUGAUUUUGUACAUAUUUUUUAUCUUUAUAAUUUUUUGUUUUUGUGUUCCUUUGGGUGGGUGAGAAUUGAUGAUCUGCAGAUGAAACCCGGGGGACUACUAGCUGCUGUAAUGUCUGAAGGAAGCAAAGUGCAUUUCAAUGGCAAUGUUAUAAAAUAUCUUUCACAAUAACUACUUCAAAGCGCUUUGUGCUCAACAAUAAAGCUAAGGAGAAAAAUAAAUAAAUAUGUAAUUUACCAAAGUA